AUGACUGAGGUGGUAGUUAAUAAGCCAGUCUUUCCGAAGACUAGCUGUUCCGUCAAACCAUUUUUCGAUUUCCCAAUCACUGUGAUUCAAAGUCCAGACAUGCCUUCUGCAUCCAAGUACUCCGACAGACAGUUCACGUGGGCCGAGGUCCAAGAUAUCAUUAAAUACAACGAGUUGGAGGUGUUUGCCAGACUGGAGCCUGAAACCGAGAAAUAUCAUGCUUUCAAAAAAUUGUUGAAAGAGCAAAAUACAACAGUUUUCAAGCAUUUGGUGGUUAACUCAUUAAGAUGGAGAACCGCCGAGCAAGUCCGUUCAUUGAAAGAUGCAGAAAUUAGUGUUCCAGCCUCUGGAGAUCCACUUUUCACCAAUGCUUCCGACUUGAAGAUCGUGAAGAACGACUUUCCCUAUUAUUUUGAAGACGACGUGGUUCAUUUAUGCGUUUGGUCGAAAAGACGCAUCGAUUCGGAUCCAAACAGUGCUCUUGGAGAUCUUUCAAGUGAAAUGAGAGAACUCAUCGAGAAGUACGUUCAGAAAACGUUUGUAGACUGGCUCCAGAUCCCCAGAGAGAACUUGGUGUGGUUUCGCAACUGGGAGGCUCUUCAGAGUGUGAAGGAGAUUAGUCAUUUGCAUGUUGUGGUGAAGGGAAUGACUAGUGAGCAGUUGGAGAAAGUCUUGGGAGGACCUGGAGUGCCAUUGACCGAAUAG